AAGGAGGAUCUAACUGUCGGGGGAGGAUUCAGACAUUAGAUUAACAGUCAGAAUGUUUUUGGUGGACAGUAUUAUUACUUCAGACACUUAAAGAAAAUGAUUCACACAUUUGUUUUGUUCUGUUUGUUCUUCUGUCAUCUGAUUUGUGUGUUUAGUGACACAGUGUCAGUGACGGAGGGAGAUUCAGUCACUCUAAACACUGAUCUUACUGAAAUACUUGAAGACGAUGAGAUAGUGUGGAAAUAUGGAGCUGAAAACUCUCUGAUAGCUGAAAUCAAUAAAGCUGCUGGAGUCUUCUCCACAUUUGAUGUUCCUGACGGUAGAUUCAGAGACAGACUGAAGCUGGACAGACAGACUGGAUCUCUGACCAUCACAAACAUCACAACUCAACACACUGGAGAAUAUAAACUAGAGCUGCGUGGAGCAAAACUAUCAUCACAAAUAUAUCAUGUUUCUGUCUAUGCUCGUCUGCCUGUUCCUGUCAUCUGCAGAGACUGUUCAUCAUCUUCAUCUUCAUCACAGCAGAAUUGUUCACUGGUGUGUUCAGUGGUGAAUGUGGGUCAUGUGACUCUCUCCUGGUACAAAGGAAACAGUUUAUUGUCCAGCAUCAGUGUGUCUGAUCUCAGCAUCAGUCUCUCUCUACCUCUGGAGGUGGAAUAUCAGGAGAAAAACAGCUACAGCUGUGUGAUCAACAAUCCCAUCACAAACCAGACCACACAUCUGGACAUCACUCAACUCUGUCAACCAUGUUCAGACUCUGUCCACUGUUGUGGUUUUACUGAAACUGUGAUCCGAUUGGUCCUCUCUGCUCUGGUGGGCGUGGCUUCAGCAGCUGUUCUGGUUUAUGACAUCAGAUCCACAAGAGGAAGAAGGAUCUGACAAUCCUCAAAUUCAAACUUUUUUUUCUUUACAUUUGUUAUGUUUUACUUUUUUAAUAUUAAUGUAUUAAUUCUUCAUUUAUAAUAAUGUAUUUAAUCAUAUAAUAAUUUACAUUAAUCAUUCUAGUCAUUUCUAUUCCUAUUUCAUAGAUUCAUUUAUGGAUUAGUCAUUUAUAUUAUUUAUUGUUUAGCCAUUGUUUAGUCUUGACUGUGUUUCAAGGACUGUCUUCACGAAUAAGAGAUAUGAGGAAUGUUUUGGUAAAACAAUACGUUUUGAAUUUGUGCUGCUCAGACGAAGUCUAAGCAUUGAAACAUACACAAUUAAGACUAUUCAAUAAACUCUUCUUCUUUUAUCAUCACUCCAUCUCCGGCUCUUCUCUGGGUUUUUCUUCAGUCAACUUCUUGGCUGACAGAAGACUGUUAAUAGACUUAUUUUUAACAGGUCUUUGGUAUUCGAUAUUACUGUUCCCAGACAACAGGGACAGGGGAUCUGGCAUCUGGGGCUGGAUCUGGAUUAUCUGGUAUGGAGGCAUGAUCUAACAGUAUGGAUAUAUAUCCAAUAGAAUUAUUAAUUUCUUUUAGUUUUACUAAAUUUCCAAAGAUGUUAAAUACCAGUUUUUGCCUUACUGUUUUGGUGUAUUGAGUGAAGUAAUUUAAAACAAUUUUAGAUAAGGCAGCGACAUGACAUAAAAUGUGAAAAGGAUUCCCUGAUAAGGUGUUUUUUUGUUGUUUGUUUUGCUUCAGACUACUGUAGUGAUUCUGAACUGUUGCACUGAAACAGUCCAUUGUACUACAUCGCCUUAUAAUUAACUUUUUCACUAUUUGAUUUUUUGAAUGAACUAUUUUUAUGCUGUAAAUGUGUUGAUAUUUAACCACCAUUCAAAUGUAUUCUCACUCCCUUGCAGCUACAAUAUAGACCUAUG